AGCAUAUAUAAAAGUUAUUUCCCCUAGCAGUGACUGGCUUGCUCUAUCUAUCCUGAUAAUACCAAUGGCUGAUGAAUUGAUUGCCUCUCUGAUUAUAGACAAUGGCUCAGGUAUGUGCAAGGCUGGUUUUGCUGGAGAUGAUAUUCCCCGUGCUGUAUUUCCCUCCAUUGUGGGACACCCCAGGCACCAGGGUGUUUUGGUGGGGGUGGGCCAGAAGGAUAGCUAUGUUGGAAAUGAAGCCCAGAGCAAAUGGGAUAUUCUUACCCUGAAUUACCCCAUUGAGCAUGGUAUCAUCACUAACUGGGAUGACAUGGAGAAGAUUUGGCACCACACCUUCUACAAUGAGCUGCGGGUGGCUCCUGAGGAGCACCCAGUGUUGCUCAGCGAAGCCCCCCUCAACCCUAAAGCCAACCGAGAGAUGAUGACUCAGAUCAUGUUUGAGACCUUCAGUGUGCCAGCCACAUAUGUUGCCAUUCAAGCUGUGCUAUCCCUUUAUACUUCCGGCUGUACUACAGGCACUGUGAUAGACUCUGGAGAUGGGGUUACCCAUUCAGUACCCAUCUUUGAAGGCUAUGCCAUGCCCCAUGCUAUCCUUCGGAUGAACCUUGCUGGCCGGGAUUUAACUGACUAUCUCAUGAAAAUCCUGACUGAGAGGGGCUACAGCUUCAUCACUACAGCUGAGCAAGAGAUUGUGCGUGAUAUCAAGGAGAAGUUGUGCUAUGUUGCCCUGGACUUUGACCAGGAAAUGUCCACCACUGCUGCCUCCACUUCAUUGGAAAAAAGCUAUGAACUACCUGAUGGGCAAGUGAUUACCCUAGGCAAUGAGCGGUUCAGAUGCCCUGAGGCCCUCUUCCAGCCAUCUUUCCUGGGUGUGGAGUCCUGUGGAAUCCAUGAGACUAACUUCAACUCUGUUAUGAAAUGUGAUGUGGACAUCCAAAAAGACUUGUAUGCCAACACUGUGCUGUCUGGGGGCACCACCAUGUAUCCAGGUAUUAUUGACAGGAUGUACAGGGAGAUUGUUACCUUGGCACCAAGAACCAUGACAAUCAAGAUCAUCGCCCCUCCAGAACGUAAAUAUUCUGUCUGGGUUGGUGGCUCUACCCUGGCCUCUCUUUCCACUUUCCAACAGAUGUGGAUUAGCAAACUGGAGUAUGAUGAAUCUGGGCCAUGUGUCGUUCACCGCAAGUGCUUCUAGUGGGACUUUCCAGCAGAUUAUUACUGGAAAAUGAAUCUACUGCAUAACCAUUUAAUGCUUCCUUGACAGAGAUAGUAGGAGAUCUGUAGCCAGACUCCUUACCUUUCCUAUUGUGUAGUGACUGUCUUCCUUAUCUUUAAUGUGGGAACAAUCUCCUUUGACAAGAUUAGAUGGAUGAUGACAAGGAAAUAAGCCUUAAUCUCCUAGCAUGAUAAUUGCUCUCACUUUGUACUGGAAUAUUGGCUUUUGAGGCUGACGGAUACCUAGUAUCUUGCUUAUCUGAGGCUGAUGCCAUAGACUUCAUGAAAAGACUGGCUAUGGACCUGGUAAAUUUUCCUUCAAGCUGUCUACUGGACAGUGUGAAAGGGAAUACUUAAAAAUCACUUCCCUUAGUCCCUAAACGCCAAUGUAAACUAGGUCUCUGGGAAAUUUAAUUCCCUUGCAGUCUCACUCGUAACAAAAAGAGCUCAACUAGGCUGCUGAGAAGUGCGGGGGGAGGGGUGUUUAAUAAGCAUGCUAGCAUUUUGGUCAGACUGCAAAGACCAGUUAUUCCCCUGUUGCUAGUGUAUGUGGAAGCCAAUCUCUUUAAUGCUACAAGGCUUGUUCCAUCUUGAUGAGCUAGUAAUAUAACAGAUCAUGAAUUUCGUACAGGUUUGCGGGGGGGGGGGUUUGGUUUGGUUUUGUUUGGGGGUUUUUUUGGUUUUUCCCACAAGCUUUUCUAUUCAAUGAACGUGGAUGAUGUUGACUAAAUCUCUUACCAACACUUUUCAAAUAUAGUGCCCUUUCAGGUAGGACUCGCUAAUGAUGUUAAAGCGUAGCUCUAGUGAAGUACAAAGAGGCAUGUGGUAUGUGCGUAUGUGAGACGGUGAGGAGUUCUGCUAUGUUUUUGUUUUAUUUAUGGUAACUCUCGGUGUUUAUUUAAGGACUCCCAGACAAUCGCCACAUCAUACUGGCUUGAUCUACUUAACGACUAGUAUAUCUCCAUCAUAGAAGCCCCUCUUUAAACAAUCAAAGAAUCGACAUUUAUGUUGAGUUCUGCUCUCCCUAUUAAUGGCAAUUUUGGAUAUAAUACAACACAGACUAACUUUUUUUUAAUUGCAAGAAACCUAACAUGUCCUUUUAUCACUGAAAUUAAAAAUUCUGAAUAAACAGAAAGCAUUCUACUCUUUCUGAAUAUCUAAUCUCUAGCCACAUUCCCUUUACCUCACUAGCUGGUUCCUGGUCCCUUUACCCUCAAUUCCCCACAAGAGUAAUACUGACAAAUGGGAGAAAUACACUCCCUAACUCCGUCUUCUGUUCACACAAGUAAGUAUGAAAGAAGGCCACCUGCCAUGAGUAACCAAUGUACUAUCCUUAUAGUGAUCUCAACUACAAUUUUUCUUUUACCUGCACAUCUAGCUAUGCUGAACAGAAUACACUUAUGGAAAAAACUAUACUAUGCAAACAACUAUAUCCUGAUGUAUACUCUUUCUAUUGCACAAUGAAUUGGUAUAGAGAGAACCAAGCAUGUUCAAAA